UGUUUUGGUUCUGUGGCCAGUAGCCUACCACAACCCCAUAUGUGACCUCUCCAUAAUCUGCAAGCUUGACAUUGCGACGAUGGCUACAAGAAGACUCAAAAGGGUUGCAGUUUUCAAUUUCUUAUUGUAGGGUCCCUCCAUUUACACAACCUUACGUGCAAUUUUUGCGAUACCAAGAAUCCCCAUCACCUGUCCCCGUCACGCUGUAGUGUUCUUAUCAACCAAAACAAAUGUAUUCAAUGCUUACCAGGUCCAUUUCAUCCUAUAUAUCUUCAACAUUAUUAUACACGUAGAUAACAGUUGUUACCCGCUCCAUACUCUAGCGUUGCAGGUUUUGUUUUUUAAGGAGUCUUACCUGAUGGCAGAUGGUAAUAACGAUGCUUUAAAACUUAAUGUUAAGCAAGGAGAACCGACUCUGGUUCCUCCUGCAGAGGAGACAAAGAAGGGCCAGUACUUUCUCUCAAACCUUGACCAAAAUAUAGCAGUCAUAGUUCGUACGAUUUACUGCUUUAAGUCUGACGUGAAAGGAAAUGAGGAUGCUGUGGAAGUCAUUAAGAAUGCCUUGUCAAAAAUUCUUGUGCACUACUAUCCAAUAGCUGGGCGGCUAACAAUUAGCUCAAAAGGAAAGCUGAUAGUGGAUUGCACCGGGGAAGGUGCUGUUUUUGUUGAGGCUGAAACGGAUUGUGAAAUAGCCGAGCUUGGAGACAUAACAAAGCCUGAUCCUGUGACUCUUGGGAAGUUGGUUUAUGAAAUUCCUGGUGCACAAAACAUACUUCAGAUGCCUCUUGUAACGGCUCAGGUGACUAAAUUCAAAUGUGGAGGAUUUGUUCUUGGGCUAUGCACGAACCAUUGUAUGUUCGAUGGAAUUGGUGCUAUGGAGUUUGUGAAUUCAUGGGGAGCUACUGCUAGGGGUUUGGCUCUCGAUGUACCUCCAUUUCUAGAUAGAAGCAUACUCAACGCUCGAAUCCCACCUAAGAUAGAGUUUCCACACCAUGAAUUUGAUGACAUUAUAGAUGUGUCAAAUACCAGCAAGCUUUAUGAAGAGGAAAUGCUCUAUAGAUCUUUCUGUUUUGACCCCGAGAAACUUGAUCAACUCAAGGAAAAAGCUAUGGAAGACGGAGUUAUAGCCAAGUGCACAAAAUUUCAAGUUCUCUCAGCCUUUGUGUGGAAAGCUCGAUGCCAGGCAUUGAGGAUGGUGCCUGAUCAACAGAUAAAGCUCCUGUUUGCUGCAGAUGGACGGUCUAGAUUUGAGCCACGAAUUCCUGAAGGAUACUUUGGCAAUGCGAUCGUGUUAACAAAUUCUAUGUGCACAGCAGGAGAGAUAAUGGAAAACCAGUUGUCCUUUGCAGUAAGGCUAGUUCAGGAGGCAGUUAAAAUGGUUGAUGACAGUUAUAUGAGAUCAGCGAUAGAUUAUUUUGAAGUUACAAGAGCCAGGCCCUCUCUGAAUGCGACUCUUCUAAUCACAACUUGGUCUAGGCUAUCUUUCCACACAACAGACUUCGGAUGGGGGGUGCCUAUUUUAUCAGGGCCUGUGGCUCUACCAGAGAAGGAAGUAAUUCUUUUCCUUUCUCAUGGGAAUGAGAGGGAAAACAUAAACGUUCUCGUAGGCCUGCCAGCUUCUUCCAUGAAGAUAUUUGAAGAACUAAUGCAGAUUUGAGCAUCAAAAGAUUCAUCCAAAGCUCGUAUCGGAGAGAAGUCUCCCUGAUUUCUAUUUCUUGAAGUUGUUUAUAUGUUUGUUUUUUUUCUUGCCAAGAGAUGCACUUUACAUGGCUAUGAUAUGAUAUCUAAGCGGAGGAAGAUUAAAACCCUAGCAAAGUAAUUCAAUCCAGGUCUGGAUGAAAUGGCAGAUGAACUGCACGUGUCUGGGCAUCAUGCUGGAUGUCGUAAGUUAAUUUAAAACCUCGAUAACACGCAACUCUUAGCUUUGAAUUUGAUUUUAUGUCGCAGCUGUUCUUUUGGCUUGAAUGGGUUGUAUGUAUUAUGCUUUCAGUCAGAUCUAUUGAAAUAAGAAUAAAAGUACAAGCA